GCUCAACUCUCCUCACCACUCUUUCAAGAGCAUCACUAAAUCUCCAUCAUACCUUCGCUCCAUUCGCCAACAUGAAGUUCUCAACCUUCAUCGCUCCUCUCAUCUCAAUCCCUCUAGUCUUCGCCAGUCCCAACCCCAACAACGACCAUUACCCACCUCCCCCCAAGACCAAGACCGUGACCGCAACAGUUACCCACACCGUCACCAAGCCCAUCUACAAGCCCCCGAUCACCAAGACCGAGACUGUCACCAAGAAGUACCCCGUCACCAAGUACGAGACCGAGACCGUCACAAAGUACAAGUGGAAGCCUCCCGUCACCAAGACCAAGUAUGUCACAAAGUGGAAGCCCCCCGUGACAAAGUACGUCACCAAGACCGAGACCGACACCGUUACCAAGUGGAAGCCUCCCGUCACCAAGUAUGUCACCAAGACUCAGACCGACACUAUCACAAAGUGGAAGCCUCCCGUCACAAAGACAAAGACAGAAACCGACACGGUUACCAAGUACAAGUGGAAGCCUGCCAUCACCAAGUACAAGACCGAGACUGUUACCAAGACUGUCACCAAGCAGCCUUAUCCCACUUACCACAAGCCCGGUGGUGGCCACAAGGAAGGCAAGGACUACAAGGCUUAAGAGAUCUAUACCUCUCAUUCGACAGCCUCAGAGGUUCAUGUUCUUACCUCUGACCUGGUCACUUCUGGCAGUAGUCCAAAGUGACAGGUGUUGCCUCCGGCAAGGCUAUGAUGGAUCAUGACGCUACACGACACUCCUUAAUUAUUUAAUGUCUUCAUUUGUCACUGCAUACGCGCUAUCGCCACUGCACAUUGAGCUAGUGGGGAGGGAGCUGCCACUUGGUGGCUCGUCUUUGGCGGUUCGGAUAAAAUUUCUUCUUCGAGACAUUCGUUAUAUAGUCGACAUAGCCGCGGUAUAACAGCGACUACACUUAUCUAUAGAUCUUACAUAGCUUGAAUGAUAUUACCGUUUACUCUA